CACAGCUUCUAGCACCCCUGUGCACAUCAAAGCAUACCAAACAAAAACAAAAUGGUCUUCAAGUUGGUGGUGCUCUCCUGCCUGGUGGCUGCGGCGUACGGUAGCGCACCAGCAGCAAUCGCCGCGGCACCCGUGGCCUACGCCGCACCGGUCGCGGCGAGGCUGGAGGAGUUCGACCCCCUGCCGCAAUACAGAUUCGGAUACAACGUAGCAGACUCGCUUACCGGUGACUACAAGAGUCAGUCGGAGCAACGCGACGGAGAUGUCGUGCAAGGACAAUACUCCCUCGUUGAGCCAGAUGGUACUCGCCGUGUCGUGGACUACGCUGCCGAUUCCGUUAACGGUUUCAACGCUGUCGUGCGGAAGGAGCCCCUCGUAGCCGCCGCCCCUGCAGUCAUCGCUGAGCCCGCGGUCGUGUCCGCUCGUGUGGUCGCCCAACCCGCUCCUGUAGUGGCAGCGCGCUACGCUGUUGCACCUGCUGCUCCCGUGGCCGCCCGUUACGCUGUCGCCCCAGCCGCACCCGUAGUUGCAAGAUACGCCGCCGCCCCUUACGCUCAGUACGUCUCCGCCCCGUCAGCGCCUCUAGUGAGCGCCCGCUAUGCCGCUGCUCCGAUUGUAGCUGCGCGUUAUGCCUCCCCUUAUGCAGCUUACACCGCGCCCUACGCUACAGCAUACAGCUCUCAAGUGUCGUCUUACACUGCGGCCGCUCCGGUCGCUGCUUACGCCGCGGCCGCCCCUGUGGCUGCUUACACUGCGGCCGCCCCUGUAGCCACUUACGCCGCGGCUCCCUUUGCCUACACUGCGGCAGGCUCGGUAGCCGCUGCUUACACGGCAGCCGCACCCGUAGCCGCUGCGUACACCGCGGGCGCGCCGUUCGCAGCAUACACCGCCGCAGCCCCCGCUCGGUACGCCGUGCCAGCGACGUAUGCCGCCCCGGUAGCCGCGGCUCCCGCCCGAUUUGCCGCCGCCCCCGUGGCUGCUGCAGCGCCAGCGAAGCUAGUCGAAACUGCCGCUGCCGGAUACCGUUACCCUUAG